AUGCCGAAAGACGCUGCCCCUGAAUCGAUGCCAGUCAUGCUGGCGAGCACCUUGUUUGAUGUGCGUGGAAAGAUCGCCGUCGUCACAGGUGGUGCCUCGGGUCUAGGCAAGAUGAUGGCCUCAGCCCUAGUGCAGAAUGGUGUACGAGUGUACAUCGCGUCGAGGAAAAUGGACGAGCUUGAGAGGGCAGCCCAGAUGAUGAAUAAGAUGGCGCCCAGCAAAAGUCCUUUCCCUGCUGGCACCGCUUGCAUCCCCAUUCAAGCGGACCUUGCUUCGAAGGCCGGCUGCGAUGCUUUGGCUGACGAAAUCAAGAAGCACGAGUCGGAGAUCGAUAUUCUCGUUAACAACUCUGGCCUGACGUGGGGCGGUCAACGUGAGGACUUCCCGGAGGCCAAGGGAUGGGACAAGGUCUUCCACCUGAACGUCAAGAGUCAAUUCUACUUGACCGUGGCCCUCCUUCCCCUUUUGGAAAAGAACAAGUCCAACACAAAGCACGCGACGGUUGUUAACAUUGCAUCGGUCGCGGCGUUUAUGCCCAACGCUUCUGGCGCGCUUUCGGAGCCUGGCAAUGGCACGUACAGUUACCAGCCCUCCAAGGCUGCCUCGGUGCAUCUUUCGCGCAUGAUGGCCAUUGACUUGGCGGACAAGUAUGUGCUGGUGAAUGCCAUUUGCCCUGGUGUGUUCCCCAGCCGCAUGACAGCAUGGAGUUUGGACGCGAACAAGGAGAUUUUGGAAGGCGUGCAGCCGACCGGUCGUCUUGGCACACCAGAGGACAUUGGCGGUAUGCUGCUGUUCCUGGCCAGCCGUGCCGGCAGCCAUGUCACUGGCACUGCAAUCCCUCUGGAUGGUGGCCAAGUUCUUCAGUUCAACCCGAAGCUGUAG